AUGCUCGACAGAUUGGUCAGUCUCGCUCAGGAAAUUCAGAAAAUCGAUGAUGAUGUGAAGGAAUUGAGACAGGCAGAACAAGCCGUACAAAGAACGGAAAGAAUGGAUUUGAAAGUGUCGAAAAUCGAUGGUUUCCACGAUAAAUUGAGGGUAAAAAUGGAUGCGGCAGUGCAACGAAAAAUGGAAAAGCUUGAUGAGAAGUCUGACGAGCUGGAGAAAAUCUACAGAAACCUUGUGUGCAUGAGUUCAGAAGUUCCGACGGCGCAGAAUUUCGAAGAAGACGCUGAAUUAGUUUCUUCUUACUGUUCAAAGCUGAAAACAUUUCUUCGCUCCGAUCGAAGUGAAGAUUGUCCGAAAAUCACCCUGUCAGUGGAGCAAUCGACACGAAGGUUGCUAAAUAAUCCUGUUUAG